CAUUAAUGCCCGAUGAAAUUUCAUCAAUUGAAGCCAAUCUAUUCAAUGAUAAUUGCAAACUAUUUGUGCCAACAUUUGAAUGUCUUCCCCAAACACUACAUCGAGUGCUGACUAUAGCCCGCAAAAGAGGCGUGAAGACGUUAGUAAACGGCGCGCCGCCCUUCUCGACACCGCCUCCCAAAGAGAUGUACCCAUUAUUUGAUGUGUUUUGUCUGAACGAAACCGAAGCCACGAUAACCACUGGAGUGGACGUUAAGACUAUAGAAGACGGGAAAAAGUCGUGUCGAGUGUUAUUAGAGAGAGGAUGCGGUUCUGUCAUCCUUACGAUGGGAGACAACGGAGCGCUUUAUAUGGACUCGUCGGUGGACUUUCAUGUGCCCGUUCAACAAAAGGUUACUCCAGUGGACACUACGGUAUGUAAUAGUUAUUAAACAUUUAUAUGCAUCCGAUUUUGACAUUUAUGUAUCGAUUGGGCAAAACCUGUCCGAAGAGAAACCUCUGAGAUUUGAUAUAAGAUGUAACGAAAACGAGUGCAACAAUUAAUCAAAA